GAGAGAGAGAUCUGCAGUGUGUCACAGCAGCCGUGGGCCAUUCGAGUUUUUGCCUUGGCUCUCAUUAAAAUCCGAAAUAGUAUUUUUCGUAUUUUUAAUUAAUUUUUAAAAUAGCAAUCUCAGCAAACUCGAGCGGAUAUAGCAAAACACCAUCAGACUUGAGCACGUCCCUGAGCUGAGUGGAAGAAUACGCAACAAAUUCUCCUGCUGGACCGACCCUUUCUAAAAAUGAAGCCAACUGUGCUUCUCAUCGCCGGCUUCGCACUGAUCGCAAUUGGCGAAGGUGCAGUCGCAGGCGAGACGGUGGCUAAAGUGAAGGAGGCUCCCGCAUUUAGCAGCCAGUACUCGGCCAAAGGUACCCUUUACAUCCCCUACGCGGAAAUAAGGGAGCCUUUCAUGGCGUGGUACGACGAGGAAGCAGGCAACAGCAGGAUUGACUACUACGGCGGCGUGGUGAAGACGUACCAGUUGAGCAAAGAGGGCCCAGCCGGCGUGAGUCGCAAACUGGCGCCUGUCACCACCGAAACGCAGCUCAACCAGGAGAUGUGUUUGGAAGUGCAAGGCGACUCGGAGAGCAACAAGGUGGACACCCAGUCCAUCCUGCCCGACCUCACUGGAUUUGAGUGCAUCGGCGAGGACAUGGUGAGCGGACACACCACCGAGAAGUGGCGCUUAGUGGUCACGAACGGUGACAAGGUCAACAAGUACACCAUGUGGAUCCGGUACAAGAAGAACCAGCAGGAUCCCACCAAAAGCAUUGCGUUGCCCAUACGCUACGAGAUGCGUGGAUUUAACUCGCUGCUCGGCUCGCACUACGAUCACUACUAUCUUGAAUACGACUGGUAUUCGUAUGAAGCGCCUUCCGCCUCUGUUUUCCAGCUGCCAGAAAAUAUGACCUGCACCAGUUUUCCUGGUCCAGGAGACAAACACAUUUACACGUUCAACCCAAUGCGCGAGUUUAUGCAGAAUUACGAGACCCACGUGAACGAUGCGUUCGAGCAAUUCAAGCAGACGCACAACAAGCAGUACCAGGACCCCAGCGAACACGGCAAGCGCAAGGACAUUUUCAGGCAGAACCUCAGGUACAUCCAUUCGACCAACAGAGCCGGCCUGCCCUACAAGCUGGCAGUGAACCACAUGGCCGACAAAAGUGAGCUCGAGAUGAAAGCCUUCAGGGGCCGGCAGUACUCGGAAGGCUACAACGGUGGCAGUGCUUUCCCAUACGACAAGCCCGAGAUGCACAAGGUGCCCGAUUCAAUGGACUGGCGCAUCUUCGGCGCCGUCACCCCUGUCAAAGACCAGUCUGUGUGUGGCUCUUGCUGGAGUUUCGGCACCACCGGCGCCAUCGAGGGCGCCUACUUUGUGAAAUAUGGACACCUCAUCCGGGUCUCUCAACAGGCAUUGAUCGACUGCAGCUGGGGCUAUGGCAACAACGGCUGCGAUGGCGGCGAGGACUUCCGCUCCUACAAUUGGAUGAUGAAACACGGCGGAAUUCCCACUGAGGAAGAAUACGGCCCCUACCUGGGACAGGACGGUUACUGCCACGUGGACAAUGUGACUGUGACGGCCACGAUUAAGGGCUUCGUGAAUGUGACCUCUGGCAGCGUGGCCGCCCUCAAGUUGGCUUUGUCCAAGCAUGGACCCAUCUCGGUUGCUAUUGACGCUUCGCACAAAACAUUUUCUUUCUAUUCCAAUGGCGUUUACUUCGAGCCUAAGUGCGGGAGCUCUUCAUUCGAUUUGGACCAUGCGGUGCUCUUAGUCGGCUAUGGCACUCUGAAUGGCAAAGACUACUGGCUUAUUAAGAACUCAUGGUCCAACUACUGGGGUAAUGAUGGAUACAUUCUGAUGGCCCAAAAGGACAACAACUGUGGUGUUCUCACAGCCCCCACUUAUGUAGUCAUGUAGGAAAUAAAAAGGCAAGCGUUCGUGUAAUUCAAAAGAUAAAUAAAAAUCUUUGUUGUAAAAAA